CUCCAAGCCGAGCCCCUUAAGGGGCUCGCUCCAGCCAGCAUUGUCUUUUAGGCCAGACGGCCAUAAGGCAAACUUUUGGGUUGGAAAGCGGGAAGAUUCCUGGUGGGCGAGCGGGUUGUGCCGCCUCUGGAGCCCUAGGUUUUUUAACGUUAGCAGCCGAGCUCAGCCUGUGUGGAGUUGGGGGGGGGCACCAUGGCGUCCCCUCCCGAUUGGCGUCUCCCCUGCCUUUUCUAAAUGUUACUUAAACUUUCGAGUUUUCUGAGGAGUCCGAGAGGCGUUUUCCCCAGAUCGAACCCUGCUGUCAAGGAAAUUAUGUGUCAGCAUAUGGCUAACUGAAGGAUAUACUGUUGUCAUUAAAGAAAAAGUCAAGAAUUUUGAAUAUCAUUAUGGAUCCAAGCCUGUUGAGAGAUAGAGAGCUGUUCAAAAAACGAGCUCUUUCCACUCCUGUGGUAGAAAAACGUGCUGUGCCUUCUGAGUCACCCUCCUCCUCAUCCAAGAAGAAGAAAGCAAAAGUUGAACAUGGAGGAUCAUCAGGCUCUAAACAAAAUUCAGAUCAUAACAAUGGAUCAUUUAACUUGAAAGCCCUGUCUGGAAGCUCUGGAUAUAAGUUCGGUGUUCUUGCUAAGAUUGUGAAUUAUAUGAAAACACGACAUCAGCGAGGAGAUACACAUCCUUUAACUUUGGAAGAGAUUUUGGAUGAAACACAGCACUUAGAUAUUGGACUCAAGCAGAAACAAUGGCUAAUGACGGAGGCUUUAGUCAACAAUCCCAAAAUUGAAGUAGUGGAUGGGAAAUAUGCCUUCAAACCUAAGUACAACUUGAAAGAUAAGAAGGCCCUACUUAGGCUUUUAGAUAACCACGACCAGAGAGGACUAGGAGGAAUUCUCUUAGAAGACAUAGAAGAGGGAUUGCCUAAUUCCCAGAAAGCUGUUAAGGCUUUAGGGGACCAGAUACUGUUUGUAAGUCGUCCUGAUAAGAAGAAAAUACUAUUCUUCAAUGAUAAAAGCUGUCAGUUUUCUGUGGAUGAAGAAUUCCAGAAACUGUGGAGGAGUGUCACUGUGGAUUCGAUGGAUGAGGAGAAAAUUGAAGAGUAUCUGAAGCGACAGGGUAUUUCUUCCAUGCAGGAAUCUGGACCAAAGAAAGUGGCCUCUAUUCAGAGAAGGAAAAAGCCUGCUUCACAGAAAAAGCGACGGUUUAAGACUCACAAUGAACACUUGGCUGGAGUGCUGAAGGAUUACUCGGACAUUACCCCUGGCAAAUAGGGAACAUUCUUAUCCUUAAACAAAGUUACAGACACACCGUCAAGAUCUUUCUUGAUGCUCGGAUCUGAAGGCCUUCUGCCUUCCCGUCUGCUGCUCAGGACUGAGGAGAGGAGCAGUUCAGUUUACAGAACAGGAGCGGAGCACCAAACUCAUUAUUUCAUCCAGCAGGCUAGUGGGAAUGGGGGUUCCUGUUUAACUUUCUGGCUUUGUUUGAUUUUAUUAGAAAGACGCUUAGCAUGACACUCAGGUGUCUGCUAUUUAUCUUGAUUUCUAAAUGGUUCUGGAUUCCCUGUUUUCUCUAUUCUUUUAGAACAAGUUGGAGGAUAGUGCUGAAUGCAGUUUUUGUCUAUUCCAAGAAAAAAUAUUUAUAAUAAAAUCAUUUGUAGGAAGAUCUUUAAGAAGUUAGGAAAUUCAGUUUGUCUCUUACUUCUUGAAGAUGGCAGGGAGCAGCUGCAGUCCCUAACUUAUCUGGAUGGGUGUUUGGGAUGUGACAAAGAUUGGAGUCAGUACUGUUGGCACGCUUGAGGAUUUCAUCUUUGGAGCACAGGGUAUGCCUCUGAUUAAUAAGCUAAGCAAUAAAAUUACACUGAAUAUAA